AUGGAUGAGUGGUACACGGCCGACUCGGACAGCGAAGACGCGGCGACGGCGAUGCGCGAAGAUGGCCUGGAGGAGGGUUUCGAUGGGGAAAUGGAUUCGACCUGCCCGCCGAUUUAUUUCACCGCAGCAGAAGAGAGGUCCUUCUGCCGCAAGCUAAGAUCAGCUCUCAUCGUAAAAGCCCUAGGUCGGUCAGUGUCAUACACGGCUGUGUCCAUCCGCCUGAAUGCGAUCUGGGCAAAGGCAGGAGGGAUCCAAGUAACAUCCAUGAAAAAUGGAUACUUUCUUGUUCGAUUCACGAGUGGACUAGACUACGAUAGGGCAGUCAUGAACGGACCUUGGAUGAUAGGACCAAACUACCUGUCGGUGCACAUGUGGGAUAAGGACUUUGACCCAUACAACCACGAAGUCUCGUCGACGCUGGUCUGGGCGAGGCUUCUGGACAUACCGAUCCAGUACUUUCAUCAGGAGGCAGUCAUGAAGAUUGGGAGACACAUUGGAAAGCCUGUCCGUAUUGACGAAGCCACCCGUACGGCGGCUCGCAGCGACUAUGCCCGGGUUUGCGUUCAAGUGGACUUAACCCGACCCCUCCUGUCAAAAUUCUCUAUUCGAGGCAAAAAGUACUUCAUCCAGUACGAAGGGUUAGAUAAUAUAUGCUUGAACUGUGGAACAUACGCUGAAAAGAGGGGAUGCGCUUGUAUCAUGACGCAAACACCAAUGGAAGAUGACAAUACCGAUAGGGCGUCCUCGCCAGCACCUACUCAAACUGAACCCGUCUACGGGGAGUGGAUGAUUGCAAAACGCAGACCUCGAACCCAAAAAAAGGAACAAGGGGCCACUCCUAACCAGAAGGGAGGAAAAGCGGAUCAAGGGCAACAACACCACGCUGGGGGAUCAAGGUUUGCAGCUCUAGAGGAGGACGAAACUCUACAGAUGGAUACGGAACCCAGGGAAGCCACUGAUAGGAUCCCAAACCCUGUGCAGCAACAGUCGGUCAGCAAAAGCAAAAAUACAAAGCGGACGUCCAAGCAGGGAGUACCAGCGAGAACCGAGAAGGAAACCAUCGCGUCUACGGCAGGCCACCAUUCUACCCCCAGUCUGAACAGGAGUGAGGAAAUGGCGGGAAAAACGAAUGAUUCCCAGUCUCAACGUUCACAUCAGGAAGCAGAUACUACCCGAACUAAUCCUGGGAGCAGUGAGCAGUCCCCGAUGCUCCAUAGGAACGAUGAUGAAACCGACCUUAACAGGGAGGCCGUGACCCCGACAUAUGACGGGGUGAAAGACAGACCGCCAGACCUCAGUCCGAGCGAAGGCCCAACGAUACCAACAGACACAAGGGUUAUCAUGAAGUUGAAUUCUUCGGGAAUGCAAAUCGACGGGACCUUCCCGCCGAGCUCGUGA